GCAACUGACACUGCAGCCAACCUCCAACAUAAAGGGUCUCCAGAUGCUCAGAUUCAUAUGGAGCCAUCAAACAAUUUUAUGAUUUCACAUCGGAAGCCUUCUUCAAAGCCAGUGAAGAGAGGCCAGUGGUCCAGCAAACGAGAGUUCUUUCUGUCUGUCCUUGGAGAAAUCAUUGGUCUGGGAAACGUCUGGAGAUUUCCAUAUCUCUGCUUCAAGAAUGGAGGAGGUGUGUUCCUGGUGCCGUACCUUCUGUUUCUGCUCACAUGUGGGAUCCCUAUCUUCUUCCUGGAGGUUUCUCUGGGACAGAUGACUGGUCAGGGCGGCAUCACCUGCUGGAGGAAGAUCUGCCCUCUGUUUGAAGGCAUUGGCUAUGGAGGUCUAAUCAUCAUGCUCUACACUAUUGUGUAUUAUAUUGUCAUUUUGGCCUGGGCCUUGUUGUACCUAUUCUCUUCGUUUCAUUCUGAACUGCCGUGGACCAGCUGUAACAACACCUGGAACACAGUGAACUGCAUUGGUUAUCGACUAAAUCAAACAGUCUCUUCUGUAAAUGCAACGUCACCUGUUGAAGAAUUCUGGCAGAGACGAGUUCUGGGCUUGUCUGGAGGAAUCGAGGAGAUGGGAGGUAUCCGCUGGGACCUGGCUGGAUGUCUCCUACUCAGCUGGAUUGUGUGUUACUUUUGCAUCUGGAAAGGAGUCAAAAGUUCUGGCAAAGUUGUGUACUUUACUGCCACUUUUCCAUACUUCAUGAUGAUUGCUUUGUUGAUCCGUGGAGUGACUUUGCCUGGUGCUGCUGAUGGGAUUCGAUUUUACCUGUGGCCUGAUCCGAGUCGCCUAUCUGACCAUCAGGUUUGGAUGGAUGCUGCCAGUCAGAUUUUAUUCUCCUACGCUGUGUGUACAGGUUGCCUAUGCUCUCUGGGGAGUUAUAACCAGCGUGACAACAAUUGUUACAAAGACGCCUUUGCACUGUGCCUGAUGAACAGUGCCACCAGUUUGUUUGCUGGUUUUGCCAUAUUCUCUGUGCUGGGCUACAUGUCACAUGAGCUGGGAGUCAGCAUCAACACAGUGGCUGAGUCAGGUCCAGGGCUUGCAUUUAUUGCAUAUCCUCAUGCUGUCUCCAUGAUGCCUCUUCCUCAGCUGUGGUCUGUUUUCUUCUUCAUGAUGAUCAUCUUCCUUGGACUAGACAGUCAGUUUGUGUAUCUGGAGGGCUUGGUCACAUCCAUAUCUGACAUGUAUCCAUCCUACUUUUUCACUGGUCACCGCCGUAAGCUGCUUCUGCUGGGCAUCUGUGCUGUGGCCUUUGCAAUUGGCCUGUGUAUGGUCACUGAGGGUGGACUGUAUAUCUUCCAACUGUUUGACUACUACGCCUGCAGUGGUAUCCCACUGGUGUUUUUUGCCAUACUAGAAUCUGUUUGCAUUGGUUGGGUGUAUGGAGCUGAGAGUUACUUCACUAAUGUCAGUAAAAUGAUUGGGUAUCGUCCAUGGCCAUAUAUGAAGUACUGUUGGAAGUUCAUCACCCCAGCUUUGUCCAUAGGCAUUUUACUCUUCUAUUUGGCUCAGUUCAAGCCACUUAAGUACAACAACACUUACGUCUAUCCAACAUGGGGUUAUGGACUGGGACUCUUCCUGGCCUUCUCCUCAGUUGCUAUGGCACCAUUGUGGUUCCUUUAUAAACUGGCCACCAUCCCAGGAACUUUGAAAGAAAGGCUGAGAAUCGGAGUGACCCCAUCAAUCCCGAGCACAUUCACCUGA